AAAUAAUUUCACCCCAACCAAAACCCUAAUUUCACCCCUAUAAAUAGUAUAAGAAACCCUAACCAUCGUCAACUCGGCAGACGAAAAUGUCGAAGCGUGGACGCGGAGGAUCGGCGGGCAACAAGUUUCGCAUGUCACUGGGUCUACCGGUGGCGGCGACGGUUAACUGUGCCGAUAACACAGGAGCGAAGAACCUCUACAUCAUAUCGGUGAAGGGAAUUAAGGGUAGACUCAACCGCUUGCCGUCUGCAUGUGUUGGAGAUAUGGUGAUGGCCACAGUGAAGAAAGGGAAGCCGGAUCUCCGUAAGAAGGUCAUGCCUGCAGUCAUUGUUAGGCAGCGGAAGCCGUGGCGCCGAAAGGAUGGUGUUUACAUGUACUUUGAAGAUAAUGCUGGUGUCAUUGUGAAUCCAAAGGGGGAAAUGAAAGGGUCUGCAAUCACGGGUCCAAUUGGGAAGGAGUGUGCUGAUCUGUGGCCGAGGAUUGCCAGCGCAGCCAAUGCCAUUGUUUAAGAGUUUCAAGUCUCUGAUUUUAAAUCUCGUGAAGAGUUGAAUGGUGCGGUUGUCAAUGGUUGUAGCUUUUAUUUUGGAUUAUCAAGCUCUCUUUAAUUCUGGUAUUUUUCGAGGCUUUUUUUAUCUUUUUGAAUCAACAGAUGCUUUAGAAGUUUGAAAGUAUAUUGAACAAAGUUUCAUUUUUCUCUC